AUGGGAAAGAUUACCUUGUUCGAGGAAAAGAACUUCCAAGGCCGAUCAUUCGAAUGCAGCAGUGAUCGGUCUGACCUGCAAGCUUACCUCAGCCGCUGUAACUCUGUGAGAGUGGAUAGCGGCUGCUUCAUGCUCUACGAGCAUUCUAACUUCAUGGGACAACAGCUCUUUCUCAAGAGGGGCGAAUAUCCUGAUAUCCAAUGCCAGGGCAUGACUGAGGACAUUCGAUCCUGCCGGUUGAUCCCACCGCACAGAGGAACCUACAGGAUAAAAGUCUACGAGAAGGAUAAUCUGAGGAGCCAGAUGAUGGAGUUAACUGAGGAUUGUCCUCAAGUCCUGGAGCAACUACGUCUCUGCGAGAUCCAGUCCUGUGUUGUACUGGAGGGACACUGGAUCUUCUAUGAAAUGCCAAACUACCGUGGCCGUCAAUACCUCCUGAGACCUGGAGAGUAUAGAAGAUUCAGCGACUGGGGUGCAACAUCUAGCAAAAGGGGAGAAUAUCCGGACUUCCAGAAGUGGCUUGGACUUUGUGAGAUCAUCAGGUCCAGUCCCCCUAACCCUGGUUCCCACAAGAUUCGGCUCUAUGAGAGAGUGGAGCUUCAAGGCCUCAUGCUGGAGCUCACUGAUGACUGUGCAUCAGUUCCAGAUUGCAUCCACCUUACCGAGAUCCACUCCCUCAAUGUCUUGGAUGGCUCUUGGCUCUUGUACGAGCUGCCUAACUUCAGAGGGCGACAGUACUUGCUGUCCCCUGGGGAAUACCAAAGAUUCCUUGACUGGGGCGCAGUGAAUGCCAAAGUUGGUUCUUUACGACGAGUGGUUGACCUACGCUGAAAUGUCAUUUCCCUCUAAAUAAAGUGCUACUGAAUUCCAAAA